AGCUGACUAUUGUUUACAGACUGAGCAGAGGCAUGAUGCUGCGUGCAGGGAGUCGCCUUGCUGCUGGGCUGCUGAGAGUCCCCCAUAGCUAUGCACAGCUUAGCAGGCUGGUGUCCCUGUCUGUGGCCCCUCAGUCUGGGCUGGCAGAUGACAGGCUACAUAUCACAGUGCAGGGACUCAGCCCCAAACAGCAGGUGACACUGAGAGCUUUAGCAGUGGAUGAGCAGGGCUGCAUGUUUGACUCCUGUGCUCACUAUGAGGCUGACAGCUCUGGCAAUGUGGAUCUGCAAAGGCACGCCUCCCUCGGAGGGGACUACACAGGGGUUCUGCCUAUGGGGCUGCUCUGGAGCCUGUCUCCCUCCAUCAUGGAGAAGCCCUUUCAGAGACUGGAGAACAGAAGUGUCAUGAAAUCCCCCAUCAUCAUAGAGCUGUUGGUCCACAAGGGAUACACGGAUCCCAGAGCUCUACCAGGGCAGGUGGCAGCUAAGACUAAAAUCGAAAGACAGUUCUAUGCCCCGGGAGUGCGAAGAAUCAGGCUGAGAGAGGGGGCAGUUCGGGGCAGCCUGUUUUUACCUGCAGGGGAAGGAUCAUUUCCCGGAGUCAUUGACAUGUUUGGUGAUGAAGGUGGUUUGGUGGAAUAUCGUUCCAGUCUUCUAGCCAGUCACGGAUUUGCUUCUUUGGCCCUGCCAUAUGUGGCUUUUGAAGACCUUCCACCAGCAAUGACCGAAUUUCACCUAGAGUACUUUGAAGAAGCUGCCAAAUUUCUAUGCCGGUAUCCUAAGGUUCGAGGUCCUGGAGUCGGUGUAAUAGGAACUGGCAAAGGAGCAGAUCUUGCGCUUUCCAUGGCUACGUUCCUGCCCCAAGUGGUGGCAGCAGUAAGCAUCUCUGGUUGUUGUGCCAAUACUGCUGCCAACUUAUCCUACAAGGAUUUCACCAUCCCAGGCUUGACAUACAACAUGAGUCGGGUGCAAGUGUCUGAAACGGCAGUGUUUGAUGUGUCCGAAGCUCUGGAUGAUCCUCUUGAUCCCGCUAACAGUCAAUGCCUCAUCCCAAUAGAGAAAUCCAAUGGUACGUUCAUGUUCAUUGUAGGUGAAAAUGAUUUGUACUGGAAAAGUUCUGUCUAUGCUCAGGCAGCCAUAGAUCGCCUUCAGCAACACAACAGAAAUAACUUCAAGCUGCUAACUUAUCCUGGAGCUGGCCAUAGGAUUGACCCUCCUUGCUCUCCGUUCUGUCCAGCAGCGGUUGACCGGGUCUUGGGUGUGCCUAUUCUAGGAGGGGGAGAACUGAAAGCUCACUGUCAGGCUCAGGAGGAUUCCUGGCAGAAGAUACAAGACUUUUUUCACCUUCACCUAAGAUGAAAAAAAGGGAAAGACAAUCAAUAAGUAAAAAUGUUGAAUGCCAUCGGCAGUGAGAAGAACCUUUUAUAAGGUUGUGCAAAAAACUGUGGAGUUGGUUGUGAUUUGACUAUUGCUAAAAUUUGCACUACGACUAACAAUAUUGCAUUUUCUGUCUUCACAAUCUAU